CCAGCCUGCAGCGCUGCGCGGCGGCCGAGCCGGCAGCGGGCCGCCUCUGGCAGCCCCGGGCCGGGCGCCCCCGUCCCCAGCAGCGGGGGUAGGAUGGCGCUGAAGCGGAUCCAGAAGGAAUUAACCGACUUGCAGAGGGACCCUCCUGCCCAGUGCUCCGCAGGACCUGUGGGAGACGACUUGUUCCACUGGCAGGCCACCAUCAUGGGCCCGAACGACAGUCCCUACCAAGGAGGCGUUUUCUUCCUGACCAUCCACUUUCCUACAGAUUAUCCUUUCAAGCCCCCCAAGGUCGCUUUCACAACCAAAAUCUAUCACCCCAACAUCAACAGCAAUGGCAGCAUCUGCCUUGACAUCCUGCGCUCCCAGUGGUCUCCAGCGCUGACCGUGUCCAAAGUUCUCUUAUCCAUCUGUUCUCUGCUCUGUGACCCCAACCCCGACGACCCUCUGGUGCCAGAGAUAGCCCACACCUACAAGGCCGACAGAGAGAAGUACAACAGACUAGCGAGAGAGUGGACCCAGAAAUACGCCAUGUAAGUGCCUCUGAGGUUUGACAGGAGCCACUGUCCUCGAGCCGGGAGCCGUGAAACUGAGCUGGUGGCUGAGCCACUCACAGAGCGUCAUCUCUCCUGCAAACAAAUCCUGGUCGCCCACCUUCUCCAAGCACAGCCUGUUGGCACCACUCUCAGCCGUCGUGGUUUCGCCAACGUCACAUCUUUGAUGCCAGAUCAGUCGUCACUGUUAAUGCUCUGCAGCCUUCCUGGCUCCACUGGAACCAAUCUCUCGGCCUCUGUGGGGAGCUGUGCACCUGCCCCUCCCGGCCACCAAGGUGCCUCACAGGGGCAGCAGCCUGGCCCCUUGCCCCACGUCCUCUGCCUUGUAGAAACUCAGCGCCAGCCUGGGAGCCCCCGGGCGGCGCGGGUAGGCUUUCCGCGCAUCCCUUCUGCCGCCAACCACAUCCUGAAGAGUCUCAACUCAUCCCAGGAGCUCCCGGGAAUCAGAAACAGUGUCCCUGGAAGCGGAGGCCGUGCCCCCUCCUCCCAGCAGUCUUCCUUGGCUGUGCCUCCCGCAGGCACCCUCCCCAUGGGCUGAGAAGCAGCAGAUGAAUAUCGGGAUGUCAGGCAUGUAACACGCCAGGAGAGACAACUGUCCUUUUAGAAGCAAGAGCAAAAUUAUGAAACUGGAGCGAUUUGGGUCAUGCUUUUCUAUCUGAUAAGGUAUCGCACUGCCCUCCUCCUCCCGCUCAGAGCCUGCACUAGGGCCCAGGGUGAGCCGUUCACCGACUGGAACACAGGGAGAGAGGGGGACAGCCAUUACCCUACAUGAUAACUGACGUUUAAGUCAACUCCUUUUUUUUUUCCAAGCAGAAGAGAAGAUAUGGAAACUUUUGACAGGUUCUUCAAGAGCCUCGAAUUAAAAAUAGCCGAUCAGGUGGUAACUGGC